GCACUGAUGAGGUGGCAUAGAUAGGCAGCACUGAUGGGCACUGUUAGGAGGCACUGAUGAGCUGGCACUGAUGAUACUACACUGAUAGGUGGCACUGAUGGAAAGCACUGAUGGAUGGCACUGCUGGGCACAGGUGGGUGGCACUGAUGGAGGGCACUGCUGGGCACAGGUGGGUGGAACUGAUGGGCACAGGUGGGUGGCAGUGCUGGGCACUGAUAAUCAGGGCACUUAUCAUCAGUGCCCUGAUGAUCAGUGCCGAUCCCUUUGCUGACAAUUGCCGGUUCUCUGCAGUACUUUCCUCACGCUGUGACAGCGUGAGGAAAGUGCAGCGGAUAGCCGGAAAC